AGGAAGGUUUUUGAUGUGUGCUUCAAUAAUGCUGCUGCAGAAAGUGCUCUCCUUGACUGGUGCAAUGAGAAGACAUCUGCUGUUUAUGGGUGGGCAUGCCUUAAUGAUGACAGCCCUGAAAUCAUGAGUGAUGCUACCCUUGAUUGCAUUGUCAGUUGCAUGCAUCAUCACAAGAUCCAGACCUGUCAGGACCUCAGAAGGGAAACUGGGUGGAUAGACAGUGAUCUGUAUGGCAAUGAGGUCCCUGUGCUCAUUAAAAGUCAUUCUGCUCCAUGCCCCUCCAUCUUCAUCUCUACACCACUCAGGCAAGGAACAACCACCAGCAUCCCUGCUUCUACAACCUCCCUAUUACCCCAA